GCAGGCCGCGGCGGGCAGAGCGGGCGGAAGGAACCCGAGCCGAGCUGCCACCGUGUCCGAGCCAGAACCGGAGCCGGAGCCGGAGCCACCGCCGCCGGAGCGUCGCGGGGCCCAGAGUCCGCGCGGAACGCCCUCCUCGCCGCCCGCCACGUCGCCGCGCCCGCCGGAGCCGCCGCGCCGCCCUAACACACCUGAAGCGGCCGGGCCGGCCCGCCUCGGCCCUCUGCUCGUCCUCCCCGCCCCGCACCGGCCUUCACUCUGGAGCGGCCCCGGCAGCCGCAGCAGGGGCGGCGGCGGCGGAUCGAGGAGCUCUCCAGGUCGUCCCGGGAGAAGCUGCUGCAGUCCCGGGACAAGAUGUUCUCCAAGUUCACCUCCAUCCUGCAGCACGCCGUGGAGGCGCUUGCACCUUCUCUUCCUUUACAAGAAGAUUUUGUUUACCACUGGAAAGCAAUUACCCAUUACUAUAUAGAAACUUCAGAUGAUAAAGCCCCGGUGACAGAUACAAAUAUUCCAUCUCAUCUGGAACAGAUGUUAGUUAUCUUAGUACAAGAAGAAAAUGAACGGGAAUUUGGAGAGACGGGGCCAUGUAUGGAAUAUUUACUUCAUCACAAGAUCUUGGAAACAUUAUAUACCUUAGGGAAAGCUGAUUGUCCUCCAGGAAUGAAACAACAAGUCCUGGUGUUCUAUACCAAACUUUUGGGGAAAAUCCGGCAGCCACUACUUCCACACAUUAAUGUGCACAGGCCAGUGCAGAAGUUAAUUCGACUGUGUGGUGAAGUCCUUGCAACACCAACAGAAAAUGAAGAAAUUCAGUUUCUCUGCAUUGUGUGUGCAAAGCUGAAACAAGAUCCCUAUUUGGUUAAUUUUUUUCUGGAGAACAAGUUUAAAUCACUGGCUUCCCAAGGAGGCCCAAAUGCAAUUUCAGAAGAUGUAUUAAAAGGUCAAGAUUCCUUGUCAACAGAUACAGGCCAGUCCUGUCAGCCAGAGGAACCGUCGGGUGCUUCUGGAACAGAGCACACAGACUUAGAAGAUGAGACUUCUCGUCAGAUGGGUGACCUGUCCACGAGCUUGGAAAACCUCAGUGUCACUGAAUUGCCAGAGGCCACAGUUGUUCGUCCAAACCAGGAUUACAACCUAGUGAACUCUUUGUUAAAUCUUACUAGAAGUCCUGAUGGCCGAAUAGCCGUGAAAGCCUGCGAGGGCUUGAUGCUCUUAGUGAGCUUGCCGGAGCCAGCCGCCGCCAAGUGCCUCACGCAGAGCACGUGCUUGUGCGAACUGCUCACCGACAGGCUCGCCUCCCUGUACAAGGCCCUACCUCAGUCAGUGGACCCCUUAGAUAUUGAAACAGUGGAAGCAAUUAACUGGGGCUUGGACUCAUAUAGUCAUAAAGAAGAUGCUUCAGCAUUUCCCGGAAAAAGAGCCUUAAUUUCAUUUCUCUCCUGGUUUGAUUAUUGUGAUCAACUCAUAAAGGAAGCACAAAAGACUGCUGCUGUUGCUCUUGCCAAAGCUGUUCAUGAAAGAUUUUUUAUUGGUGUAAUGGAACCUCAGCUAAUGCAAACUUCUGAGAUGGGUAUUCUGACAUCAACUGCUCUGCUCCAUCGCAUUGUUCGGCAAGUAACCUCCGACAUUUUGCUUCAAGAAAUGGUGUUUUUCAUCCUUGGAGAACAGAGGGAACCAGAAACUCUGGCAGAAAUUAGCAGACAUCCUUUAAGACAUAGGUUAAUUGAACACUGUGAUCACAUAUCUGAUGAGAUCAGCAUAAUGACGUUAAGAAUGUUUGAACAUCUUUUACAAAAACCCAAUGAGCACAUUCUUUACAAUUUGGUCCUAAGAAAUCUUGAAGAAAGGAACUAUACAGAAUAUAAACCUGUGUGCCCAGAAGAUAAAGAUGUAGUGGAGAAUGGAUUAAUAGCAGGAGCAGUAGAUCUGGAAGAAGAUCCCUUAUUUACUGACAUUUCACCAGAUAACACUUUGUCAAAUCAAGAGUGGCUUAGUUCCUCACCUCCUGCUACUCCAGACCACCCCAAAACCGAUGGGAAGACUGAAGUCCACAAAAUUGUAAAUAGUUUUCUCUGUCUGGUCCCAGACGAAGCAAAAUCGUCCUACCACGUGGAGGGCACUGGAUAUGACACCUACCUCCGAGACGCUCACAGGCAGUUCCGGGACUACUGUGCUAUCUGCUUAAGAUGGGAGUGGCCUGGCUCUCCAAAAGCACUGGAAAGGUGCAAUUUAGAAGCAGCUUUCUUUGAAGGUCAUUUUUUGAAAGUCUUAUUUGACAGGAUGGGAAGAAUUCUUGAUCAGCCAUAUGAUGUCAACUUACAAGUAACGUCGGUGUUAUCCAGACUUUCUCUCUUCCCUCAUCCGCACAUACAUGAGUACCUCUUGGACCCUUACGUGAACCUUGCUUCUGGCUGUAGGUCUCUAUUCUCGGUAAUCGUCAGGGUUGUUGGAGACCUCAUGGUUCGAAUCCAGCGUAUUCAAGACUUUACUCCCAAGCUUCUACUAGUCAGAAAGCGAUUACUUGGUCUGGAACCUGAAGGACCUGUGAUUGACCACAUCACCUUGUUGGAGGGUGUGAUUGUGCUGGAAGAGUUCUGUAAGGAGCUGGCGGCUAUCGCCUUUGUGAAAUACCAUGCAGCCUCCACACCCUAAACAGCAUCUUUCAAGUAACCAGGGGAACAGAUUGAUCAUGCACAUUUCAUCAAAAAAGCCUCAGUUCCACCCAGCCACGUGACAAUAAAAAGCCUUUUUAAAUGAAGCAUUGCUGUAAACUGGACAGAACCAUUCAGAACCCACUAAGUGGACGCUCUCAGUACAGUGUUGUGUGAUGUUGUUUUCACUGGCUUUAUCAUAAUGGUUCUAUAUAUAAAGUUGCACGUCCUUGAAUCCAGGAUACAAUCAAAGGAACUUCAGGAAAUAAGCAUUUCUGAAUGCCUGUGUGAAAGCUGCAAAAUUUCUGAUGUCAUGACUUUGAUGAUAUUUCUGUUAAUCUAAUAUCCUUUUAGGUAGCAAGGCCUUUUGGCAUUCUUUGGGACUCAAGUGCUUACAUUCUUUUGGAUUAACAAGUAGCAAAAAAAAAAACCAAAACCCUAAUUUUAUAACUUUUUAAGGUCAGAAUUCUUAUCAAACAAAAUAUUUAAAAAACUGUAAAUGAGAAAAAAUACAAUUUAGCAACUAUCAAAUGAAUUAAUAGUAGAAGAUAAAAAUGUGUAGAGCACCAUUAACUUUCUUCAGCUUUUCUAAGAAUAACAGUUUAAUAUGAUAAAUUCUUGAUUAAUAUAUAUAUAUAUUUUUUAAAGAAACGUUCUUUUACUCUUUUGUGCACAUAGCCAGGUUAGUGAUUGAUUUUCAUGUAUGGGUCCCAGUUAAUUUAAACUUUGUCAUUUUUGCAACAACAUUGAAUUUGUGCUCACCGUUGGUAUUGUUUACUAAAAUAGUAUUUUUUAAGGUGAUUAACAUGUAUUGGGUUGAGACCCUUUUCUUUUUUUCUAUCUCUCCGUCCCUCUCUGAAACUUGCUUUGUAAUUUGAUUUUUGUAUUGAAACGCAUUGUAGUGUAGGUGGCAGCAAUCAAAAUGCCAAUGGCGUCCUGAAUGUUUACAAUUUUCUUUUCUCAGUCUUUUGUUUUAAAUCAUUCUAAAGAGAUUUCAAAGCAAACCAACCAAUCUUUCCUGUUUACAUAUGAAAGAAUUUGGGUAAAGUGGUAUCUGUGUGGGCAUGGGUGCAGGAAGGAGUGGUGUGGGGAGUUGGCUGCGCUGUGCACAGCACGCUUGUCCUUGGUUUACACAGUGGGGUUUGCUGAUCCACUUUCUAUGCUUCCUUUAAGUGAUGCUUAUCACUCAAAUAUGCUUUUGAGCUUUCUUGGGUUUUUGUUUUGUUUUUUUUCGGUUGAUGUGUUAAGCAGCAGCACUUUGCUCCUUGCCUUCCCGUUUACUGACAUUUGUAGGAGCAGCAGUCUAGCGAGCCUUCCAGCCUGAAAGGGACCAAACUGCUCCUUGAGAGAACUUGUUUAGCCUAUUUGCAUCUCUACAUCCUACAGCAUGUGUGUAGAAGCAUAUUUUACACCUACUGCUAAUUUUGUUGUAUUUGUUUUUCUGAUUUAUUUUGUAGUUAGUUUUUGCUAUUUAUUAAGAACAAAAUGUCAAAAAAAAUUAUGACUGUUCUUGGCUCUAGAAUGCUUACCACUGUUAAAAAUGACAAAAAAGCUAAAUUUCUAAAUUCAAUGCAAAUCUUUGUUAGCUCACUCUAGGAGAUUUAUUAAGCGAAACAAUGAAGAAAUAAGUGGGAGAUAGUUACUUUGUGCAUGUUUUUCUUUAAAUGGCUUUUAACCGUGGGAAGGCAUAUUAUUCUUUUUGCUGUAUUUAUUGAUGCAAGGAACACUGCAACAUCUUUAUGUUUAGAUGUAGUUGUAGUCUACUUUGAUGUAGGUGUAUUUAAAAUAGAACAUUAAGAGGUAUUAGAUAUUUCUUAAUGUUUGCAUAGAGUUCAGUAAGUGUAAUGGCAAUGUUACCUCGAAAGCCAAAUACUAUUUUAUCCUUGAUUUCACAAUGGGACCUUUUGGCUAAUCCAUGAAACCAAGCUCAGAAAAGCUUUAACUCCUAUUUGUGUGUGUGUGUAUGCUGCUUCUUAAAAGAUAAUUAUUUUCCUAAAUUAUUAUAAUGACCUUGAUUUGUAAUCAGCUAAAGCUUAAGGUAUAGUUUGCUUAUCUUUUAAGUUGGUUUCUGUCUUUCUUUUCUUUUUCUUAUUUAGUUCAGACCUAGAGCCAGCACAAGUUCUCAGAGUGAGUUUGAUUUGUUAGGGAAACAUUGUCCUACAUGACUAGCCAUAUCCAUACUUUCAGAAGUUGACUGUUUCUGUUUCUUAGCAUGUGCAAAACGGAGACUGUGGCACAUUGUGUUGGGUGGACAGUACCACCCUAGGGAUCGCUUGCCAUAACGCGUUCCAAACUGAAUUUCCGUCUUGCUUCACAUUGGUGUGUGGGUAUAACAUUCUUUUUUAAACUUUCUCUCUUAACAGUGUAGUCUUUGGCUUUUGUUUUUUGGUUUUUUUUUUUCAGUAAUGAGCCUCAUUCUUUACUUGAUAGAACUCAAGAUUUGUCCUUAGCCAGCCGAUUAUCAUUGUAGUACUCACAUUCUAACUCUGUAAUGUUCUCAUAAUGUAUCUGUCUGUGCAAUAUAUAAGCUGUGAGUGAAUUCAUAGCUUUUUGGUUUAAUUGUACAUUAUUGUAUGUGUAUAUCUGUAUAUAUAUCUGUGUAUAUAUCUAUGAGGACCAAAAUCCUUAGCUUGCUUACACUGUUGCUAGUGUAAAGAUUAUUACACUUAAUUUUACGGGGCACAAAUUAUGGAAUUACUUCAUAAUUCAUGGUAACAUAUUUCCAUAAAUUAUUGCAUUAAUAUACAAUUACCAUUUAAUUAUGAAGUUUAUACGUAUUGACGGAAGUUAACAGUGAAUUGCUAAAACCACAAUUUAUAUGGUAAUUAUAUUUUGGAUUGUACAGUUAAUCAAAAUAUGCAUGUCAUUGUGACACUUGAUGUGUUAAAACAUGGUAGGUAAUCAUAUUUCUGGGCCCUGUAAAAUAGUGUUACUAUAAUACCUGUUUUGCCUCCUGCCUUGUUUACAUUAAACAAAGGAUAUUUGGUAAAUUUUUCUAUUGAACAUUGUAUAGGUUACUGACAGUGUUAUGAUGGCCUGGAAUUCUAGGUCGGUCAUCUCUGAAGAAGCUCUUCAGAUGGUGACUGUGUACCUACUGUCUCUUCAGUGGAGGUUGUAAUCAAGUUUUUGUGCUAACAAUGCAUGCAGGACUAAGAGGGAUAAUUAAAAAUAAAUCAUUAAUUUAAACAAAA